AUGGGAAGGCACUCCUGCUGUUACAAGCAGAAACUUAGGAAGGGUCUGUGGUCACCAGAGGAGGAUGAAAAACUUCUGAGGCAUAUUACUAAGUAUGGUCAUGGUUGUUGGAGCUCAGUUCCUAAGCAAGCAGGUUUGCAGAGGUGCGGCAAGAGCUGCAGGCUUAGGUGGAUCAAUUACUUAAGGCCUGAUUUGAAGAGAGGCACAUUUUCACAAGAGGAGGAAAAUCUUAUCAUUGAACUUCAUGCAGUGUUAGGGAACAGAUGGUCUCAAAUUGCAGCACAAUUGCCUGGGAGGACUGACAAUGAAAUAAAGAAUCUAUGGAAUUCUUGCCUAAAGAAGAAACUGAGACAAAGAGGAAUAAACCCUGUGACACAUAAGCCACUUUCAGAAGUUGAGAGUGGGGAGGAGGAGAAAACAAGGAGCCAAGAAUUAUCCAAUGAAUUGAACCUACUGAAUUCUGAGAGCUUCAAGUCAGAUGAAGGGUCCCAUGAGCAGAGAGCGUCUUCAAUUGCCCCCAAGGCCUAUGAGAUGGAAGGUUCUUGCAGCUCCAAGAUUAACACCAAAGACGACACCAACUUGAUAGCCAAUUGUUCCAACAAAGACUUGUUCAUAGACAGCUACACCACUAGUUGCCAACCCUCAGAUUUGAUGGGAACUUACCCUCUUCAGAUGACUGACACUCUCCCAACCAAUUCAAACUCUAGCCAUUGGUUCAGCCCAACUGCAAGACCCUUUGAUAUGAACUCUGAGUUUACUUCUAAUGUUAUGUCCAUUCUUCCACCUGCAACAACCUCAUUUCUCCCUAGUACUUCUUUUUGCUACAAGCCAUCUCUUGCCGUUCCUUCAGAAGAUAUUUCAACACCUUCUUUUGCUUUGAAUGGACCCAAUUACUGGGAAGCCAGUGCCUCCAACAACAGCAAUGGCAGCAACACAAGUGAUGGCAACAGAGAGUUGACAAGUAGCAAGAACAGUGUCCUCUCUUCUUGGGGACUGACAGAAGAAGCCAAGUGGUCUGAGUACCUCCACAACCCAAUGUUGAUGCUGGCAGCUCCUGAAUCAUUGUGCAACCAAAUUAGGCCAGCCACACAUUUGGUACCUGAUCACAAUUUAGGGGCCAUGAUGCCUGGUUCCAAGGAGCAACACCAGUCACAAACUUCUACCAUCUUUUCCAAGGACAUCCAGAAGCUAGCAGCAGCCUUUGGACAUAUAUAA